GGAAAUCUUAAAUUCAGGACGUUUUCUGAUCCUCGCAGCAUUUAACUCAUUAAAGAUGAGGCGUGACAGGGACCGCAACCGGAAUCGAGAUCAGGAUCGAGACCGUGAUAGGAACCAGACCCCCCUCAACCCAGCAGCAGCCAACUUCCUCAAGCAACCCCCCGUUCAUCAGCAGAUGAAUCCUCUCACCAGCCUGCCCCACACGUCACGCUACCAUGAGAUCCUGAAGAAACGAUUGCAGCUGCCGGUCUGGGAGUACAGGGAGAACUUCACUCACAUCCUGACACAGAACCAGUGUUUUGUACUGGUGGGAGAGACAGGCUCAGGAAAAACCACGCAGAUCCCUCAGUGGUGUGUAGAGAUGAUGCGUUCAGUGUCAGGACCAAAGAGGGCGGUGGCCUGCACCCAGCCCAGGAGGGUGGCAGCGAUGAGUGUGGCCCAUAGGGUGGCAGAUGAGAUGGACGUCACUCUGGGUCAAGAGGUGGGAUAUUCCAUCCGGUUUGAGGACUGCAGCUCCGCCAAGACUGUGCUCAAGUACAUGACAGAUGGAAUGCUGCUGCGGGAGGCCAUGAAUGACCCCUUGCUGGAGCGGUACGGCGUCAUCAUUUUAGACGAGGCCCACGAGCGCACCUUAGCUACAGACAUCCUCAUGGGGGUCCUCAAGGAAGUCGUCCGCCAGAGAAGAGACCUUAAGGUCAUCGUCAUGAGCGCGACGCUCGACGCCGGCAAGUUCCAAGUGUAUUUCGAUAAGUGCCCCCUGUUAACCAUCCCCGGGCGCACGCACCCCGUGGAGAUCUUCUACACACCGGAGCCGGAGCGAGACUACCUGGAGGCAGCCAUCCGCACCGUCCUCCAGAUCCACAUGUGUGAGGAAGGCAUGGGGGACGUUCUGCUCUUCCUCACAGGACAAGAGGAAAUUGAUGAAGCCUGCAAGCGCAUCAAGCGGGAGGUCGACGAGCUGGGGCCCCAAGUCGGUGAUAUGAAGAUCAUCCCGCUCUACUCCACGCUGCCUCCUCAGCAGCAGCAGAGGAUCUUCGAGCCGCCCCCACCCAAUAAACCGAACGGCGCCUUCGGAAGGAAGGUCGUGGUGUCAACAAACAUCGCCGAGACGUCCCUGACCAUCGACGGCGUGGUGUUUGUAAUUGAUCCCGGAUUUGCCAAGCAAAAGGUGUAUAAUCCACGCAUCAGAGUGGAAUCCCUUUUAGUCACAGCCAUCAGCAAAGCCUCCGCUCAGCAGAGAGCAGGCCGAGCUGGGCGUACACGCCCUGGGAAGUGUUUCCGUCUAUACACAGAAAAAGCUUACAAGACAGAAAUGCAGGACAACACAUACCCAGAGAUCCUGAGGUCCAAUCUCGGCUCCGUCGUGCUGCAGCUGAAGAAACUGGGCAUCGAUGACCUGGUGCACUUUGACUUCAUGGACCCACCAGCCCCAGAGACCCUGAUGCGAGCCCUCGAGCUGUUGAACUACCUGGCAGCGCUGAACGACGAUGGUGACCUCACCGAGCUGGGCUCCAUGAUGGCAGAGUUCCCCCUGGACCCCCAGCUCGCCAAGAUGGUCAUCGCCAGCUGCGAUUUCAACUGUUCCAACGAGGUCCUCUCCAUCACUGCCAUGUUGUCAGUCCCGCAGUGCUUUGUCCGACCCACGGAGGCCAAGAAGAUGGCCGACGAGGCCAAGAUGCGCUUCUCCCACAUCGAUGGAGACCACCUGACGCUGCUCAACGUUUAUCACGCCUUUAAACAAAACCACGAUUCCACUCAGUGGUGCUACGAUAACUUUGUCAACUACCGCUCGCUGAUGUCUGCGGACAACGUUCGGCAGCAGCUGUCGAGGAUCAUGGACCGGUUCAACUUGCCGAGGAGGAGCACGGACUUCUGCAGCCGAGACUAUUACCUCAGCAUCCGCCGAGCGCUGGUCACCGGCUUUUUCAUGCAGGUAGCUCACCUGGAGCGCACAGGGCAUUACCUGACAGUGAAGGACAACCAAGUGGUCCAGCUGCACCCCUCCACUGUGCUGGACCACAAACCUGAGUGGGUGCUCUACAACGAGUUUGUGCUCACCACCAAGAACUACAUCAGAACGUGCACCGACGUCAAACCGGAGUGGCUGGCGAAAAUUGCCCCGCAGUACUACGAGAUGAGCAACUUCCCCCAGUGCGAGGCCAAGAGACAGUUGGAGCGUAUUAUUGCAAAACUCUCGUCCAAGGAAUACACGCAGUACUGACACGGUCUGC